CUAUUUUUUUCAUUUGUAGUUAUUUUUAAUGUGAAUUUUGUGUCCAUCAUUUAUAUGCAUGUUUCAAAAACCACACAAAAAAACAAACACUGCAACCAACUAAAAGUUUGAGUUUUGAGUUAUGAUUUAGAUUUUUGCAUGUUAUAUACACUACCCACUACUGCUCUCAUCAUUGUUUCAUGAUCUUUUUGUGUUUUUGCAGUAGCUCUAGUUUUGAGUGUUGGAUUUAAUUUGAUGGGUCCUAUCAGAGGAUACAAAAAAAGGAAAAGGACAGAUAAAAGAAGCCAAGAGAAUGGCUCUUCUCCUCCUGCUUCUGGUUCUGCUUCUGGUUCUGGGUCAAUAGAUAAAGAUGAACCGUUGGAUUGGUUUGAUGAGUUCUCUAAACGGGUUAAUGGUCUUCAAUCUCCAUCAAAGAGUUCGAACAAGUUUGAAUGCAUUUUUAGAAUGUCUAGGAGAACCUUCAACUACAUUUGUUCACUCGUGAAGGAAGAUAUGGUGGCUAAAUCAAGAGAAUUUUCUUUUAUAAAUGGCAAGGUUUUAUGCCUGCAUGAUCUCGUAGCUGUAGCUUUAAGAAGGCUGGGUUCGGGAGAUUCUUUAGUGAUGGUUGCUGAGUUCUUUGGAGUGAAUCACUCGACCGUCUCUCAAGUAACUUGGCGAUUUGUGGAGUCCAUGGAAGAAAAGGGGCUUCACCACCUAAAGUGGCCUUCUAGUGAAUCGGAACUGAUGGACAUAAAAUCAAAGUUCGAGAAAAUACAAGGUCUCCCGAAUUGCUGCGGUGUGAUUGAUACCACACACAUCAUGAUGCUGCUGUCUUCGUCGGACCCUACCAAUAAUAUGUGGCUUGAUCAUGAAAAGAAUCACAGCAUGGUCUUGCAGGCUAUUAUAGACCCUGAGAUGAGGUUCCGCGACAUAGUCACUGGAUGGCCAGGAAAAUUGGAAGAUUUGGUGGUAUUUCAAAGUUCAAACUUCUAUAAACUGUGUGAAAGAGGUGAAAGGCUGAACGGGAAAAAGCUACAGCUUUCUGAAGAAUUGGAAAUAAGGGAAUAUAUAAUCGGAGAUUCAGGUUUUCCGCUAUUACCAUAUCUUAUUGUUCCUUAUGAAGGAAAAGAACUCUCGGAACCAAAAGCCGAGUUCAACAAAAGGCAUUCUGCAACUCAGAUGAUUGCCCAUAAAGCAUUAGCGAAGCUAAAGGACACGUGGAGGAUCAUUCAAGGAGUAAUGUGGAGACCCGACAAACAUAGAUUGCCUAGAAUUAUUCUCGUCUGCUGCUUGUUGCAUAAUAUCAUUAUCGAUAUGGAAGAUGAGCCAGCGGGGGAUGAUAUUCCUUCGUCUCACGAGCAUGACUCGGGCUAUCGGCAACAGAUGUGCGAACCUGUCGACAUGAAAGGUGAGUGUCUGAGAGACGAGCUGUGUUUGUACUUGUCAGGAAGAUUACCACCAUGAAUAGCUAUGAUCAGUUACUCAAGAAAUUAGUUUACUGUUACUUGAAGUUUGUUUCUGAGAUAAACCCAGGCAUUUUAAGGCUCUUGUUUGUUCAAAAAAUAAUAAAAAAAACUGUAAAUACGUAGCAAAAUUGGUGUAUCAGUUGAAAAUGCUCAUGAAAUCACGAGGUUAGACCAUUUGAGAGAGGACAUUUUAUUACAUUAUAGAACAAGGUUAAUUGUUUUUCUUACAUAGUAUUUGAUUUGAAUUUGAUCCAGAAUUA